GUGCUGUCAGAUAGGAAGUUUUUGCCAUGAGUGGGUGCCCAUUUUUAGGAAAGAACAUUGGAUAUACUUUUAAGCAACUGUCUCUGAAAGGCAGUGAAGAAGACAAAUCACAAGAUGGUGUGAACAAAGCCAGCAAAGGAGGACUCAUCUAUGGGAACUAUCUGCACUUGGAAAAAGUUUUGAAUGCACAAGAACUUCAAAGUGAAUUGAAAGGAAAUAAAAUACAUGAUGAACAUCUUUUUAUUAUAACUCAUCAAGCUUAUGAACUCUGGUUUAAACAAAUCCUCUGGGAACUAGAUUCUGUUAGAGAGAUCUUUCAGAAUGGUCAUGUCAGAGAUGAAAGAAAUAUGCUCAAGGUUGUUACUCGGAUGCACAGAGUGGCAGUGAUCUUUAAACUUUUGGUACAACAAUUUUCAGUUCUGGAAACAAUGACAGCCUUGGACUUCAAUGACUUCAGGGAGUACUUAUCUCCAGCCUCAGGCUUCCAGAGUUUGCAGUUUCGUCUGUUAGAAAACAAGAUAGGUGUUUUCCAGAAUUUACGAGUUCCUUAUAACAGAAGACAUUAUCGUGAUAAUUUUAAAGGAGAAGAUAAUGAACUGCUAUUAAAGUCAGAGCAGGAAAAAACACUUCUGCAACUAGUGGAGGCAUGGCUGGAAAGAACACCAGGUUUAGAACCACAUGGAUUCAACUUCUGGGGAAAACUUGAAAAAAAUAUUAUCAAAGGUCUGGAAGAGGAAUUCAUAAGAAUUCAGGCUAGGGAAGAAUCAGAGGAAAAAGAAGAACAAAUGGCUGAAUUUCAGAAACAAAAAGAAGUGUUACUAUCUUUAUUUGAUGAGAAACGCCACGAACAUCUCCUCAGUAAAGGGGAAAGGCGGCUGUCAUACCGAGCACUUCAGGGGGCUUUGAUGAUCUAUUUUUACAGGGAGGAACCUAGAUUCCAGGUCCCUUUUCAGUUGCUGACUUCUCUUAUGGACAUAGACACACUCAUGACCAAAUGGAGAUAUAACCAUGUGUGCAUGGUGCACAGAAUGCUUGGCAGCAAGGCUGGCACUGGUGGGUCCUCAGGCUACCAGUAUCUGCGCUCCACUGUGAGUGACAGGUACAAGGUAUUUGUAGACCUCUUCAACCUUUCAACAUAUCUGGUUCCACGACACUGGAUUCCGAAGAUGAACCCAAUCAUUCAUAAAUUUCUGUACACGGCUGAAUAUUGUGACAGCUCUUACUUCAGUAGUGAAGAUUCUGAUUAA